AUGCAAAAAUAUCAUUCUAAUAUGAAAAUAAAUUGUUAUUUAUUUAUUUUAUUUAUAUUAUUUACAAAAAGUAGGCUAGUUAAUGAGUCAGAAUUUUAUUUAGAAAGUAAGUGUGGAGAUGGAUUAUGGGAUCAAUUUAGUGAAGAAUGUGAUGGAGGAAUUGGAUGUAAUUCAAAAUGUAUUUGUGAAGAAGGAUAUUUAUCAGAUGGAAAAGGGAAAUGUAUUAUGUCAUGUGUUUAUGGAAAAGCAUGUUUAAAUGGAUGUAAUAAACCAGAUAUUUGUGAUCAUUGUGAUACGAGUCUUGGAUAUAAAGAGGAUUGUAGUGGAUGUGAAGAUGAAUUUAUGUAUUUUGGAAAAAAACAAUGUGGAAAAUAUAAUGAUAAAAAUAUUGAAUCAUGUAGUGAAUUUUUUCAAAGAAUGGAGCUUCAAAAUAUUUCUUCGUUUUCAUUUAUUUUAAAUGGAAAUAAAAAGAAUAUUGAAAAUGGUAAGAAAAAUGUUAUCCAUCACCUUAAAAAUGUAAAAUUGGAAUAUAGUUCUUGUUCUUAUAAUGUUGAAGAAAAUAAACCAUAUACUUAUGGUAUUUGGAUUAAAGUUUUAUCAACAAUUAAUGAAUGGGUUCUUGUUGAAAUUGAUGAAAAAUAUCAUAAACAAGAUAAUGAGGUGAUAAAUUUUAUUCAAACUGAAACUGGUAAUAAAUUUGCUUUUUCUUCACAAUAUACAUGUGAAAAUGUAAAUUCUCUCAUUCAUUUUGCUGGAUGUAUAUCAAUGAAUGAAGGAAUAAAUGAUAACAUUCAUUCUCCAAGAUUAAGUUUAUUAUUAAAUGAAAAUAUUCCACAAUAUCUUUUUCUUCAUUCAAAAUAUGCUUCAUCUAUAUUACCUGAUAUUUCAAUAUAUUUUAGUCAAUUAGUUCAUAUUUGUUCAUCAGUAUAUCAAAAUAUAAAUUGGAAUGGAUUAUCCAAAUCAAAUAUAACUAUACCACUUGAUAUGAAAUAUUCUUUGUUAUCACAAUCAAUUUGUAGACAAGAUAAAAUUCAAGGAUUUUGGUUUAGAAUAGAUGGCAUUGAUCAAACAAUUGAAAUUUUUACUUGUAAUUCAAAACAACGAAAUAUUAUUUUUGAUAUUAUUUCUAUUAAUUCAACAAAAUAUAAUAUUGAUGAUACUUCUGAUAUUAGUUUUAUUGAUUGUAAUUCAAAUGAAUUUAAAUGUAUGAAAACAGUAAGUAAUGGUUGUCAUAAUAAUUCUGGAUCUGCAAGAGCUAUUGUUACAUUAAAUCAUAAUGAAACUUAUUUGUUAUUUGUUGGUUCUUAUGACACAUCAUUUUCAACAAUAAAUUUAACAAUAAAAAUGACAUGUCCAGGAAAUUGUGAAUAUGGUAUAUGUUCAGAUUAUUCUGGAGGAUGUGAAUGUUUAGAUAAUUAUGUAUCAAUUAAUGGAGCUUGUACAUUAUGUGGAAAUGGAAAAUUAGAUUAUGGUGAAGAUUGUGAUUUUUCAGUUGAAGGAUAUGUAGACAGUCAAUGUACUUCAGCUUGUAAUUGUGUAUAUGGUUCUGAACCUGUUAAUAUAAAUGGUAUAAUAAAAUGUGCUGUUCCAACAUGUGGUAAUGGGAAAAUAGAUGCUUAUGAAGAAUGUGAUGGAGGAUAUGGAUGUGAUCAUUGUGUUUGUGUAAAUGGAACAAAAAAAUAUGCUAAAGGAAGAAUUGAUUGUAUUUUAGAAACAUGUGGAAAUAAAAAAUGGGAUAAAGGAGAAGAAUGUGAUGGAGGAGAUGGAUGUAUUGAAUGUGAAUGUCAAGAGAAUUGGUAUACAAAUAAAAGAGCGGAUUGUUCAAGAAUUCCAUUAAUAAUAAGAAAGGUAUUAUAUUUAAUAAUAGGAUUUAUAACAUAUAUUAUUUUAUAUUGUAUUCUCUUUAUUGUUGUUUUAUACUUACAUAUUGGUAUAACAAAAAAAAUACAACAAGAAGAAGAAGAAAAUAAAAAUCAAAUUUUAUUUGAAAAUAUAAUAAUUCCAUUUGAUGAAAAAAAUUCUCAAUAUAUUGAUAUACAACAAAAUAAUCCAUAUUUCGCAUUUUCUACAACUCUAAUAGAUUUUGAUGGUAAAAAAUUAGAAAUAGAAGAAAUAGAGUCAUUUGAUAUUCAAAUUAAAAAUAAUUGGAAAGACCCUCUUCAUUUUUCUUUUCAUUCAGGAGAUUAUCAAAAAUAUGAAAUUGCAUGUCAACCAGUUAUUGAAACUAUUAAACCAUUUGAAAGUAUUACAUUAUCAAUUUCUAUAAGAAUGAAAUGUACUACAAUAUUAAAUGAAAAAAUUCCAAUUACAAUUAAAUUUAAACCAAUGAAUGAUAUUAUUAAAGACAUUAAAAAACAUAACCAUUUAUUACUUGAAAAAAAUUUAAUUGUAAAUCAACUUAAUAAUUCUUAUACAAAUUCUUUAAGUUCAUCAGAAGAUGAUUUAGUAAAUCAUUUAACAACAUUUAAUACAAAUUAUUCUACUCAUGAAAAACAAUUAAGUUCAAUUAAAAAUAAUAAGAAAAUUGAAAAAUUUUAUAGUUAUUUAAAUCUUCAAGUUGAAUCUGCUCUUUCUACAAAAUUAGAUAUUGAAGAAAUUCAUUUACAACAUCAACCUAUUGGUUGUGGUACAUUUGGUAUUGUUUAUCGUGCUGAAUGGAGAGGAGUUGAUGUUGCAAUUAAAUUAAUGAAAACUGAUUUAAUUGGAGUAGAAGAAUUAAUGCCUAAUUUCAUUCAAGAAGCAGAAAUGCUUGAAAGAAUUAGAAGUCCAUAUAUUAUUAAUUUCAUUGGAAGUGUAAUAACUGUUGAUACAUUAUGUCUUGUAACAGAAUUUUGUCCAUCAGGAUCAUUAAGAAAAUAUAUUAAAAUGAAUUAUACAAGUGAUUUUUUAAAAGUUAGAUUUUGUCAAGAUAUAGCACGUGGUAUGGAAUAUUUACAUGAAAAUGAUAUUCUUCAUCGUGACUUAAAAACUGAUAAUGUUUUAGUUUAUUCUAUUAAUCCAUAUGAUCAAGUUACAUCAAAAGUUACAGAUUUUGGUACUUCUCGUUCAUUUAUUGAAUCAUCAGGCAAAAUAGAAUUACAAAACAUUGGUACUCCAAUGUAUAUGGCACCAGAAAUUACUAAAAAAAAUUUUGUGACAUUAAAAUCAGAUGUAUAUUCAUUUGCCAUUUGUAUGUUAGAAAUUUGGUUAGGACAAGAUCCAUAUGAUUCAACAGAAUUUCCAAAUUGUGAAUCAAUUUUAAGAUUUGUUGGAACAGGAAAUAGACUUAGUAUUGAUGAUAAUUGUUUUUUUAAAGAUAUAAUAGAAAAGGCAUGGGAUCAAAUUCCUGAACAUAGACCUACAUUUAAAGAUAUUAAUAUUUUAUUGGAAUUUUUAUUAAGAAAAAUUCAACCAAAAACUCCUACUCCUCAAAUAAUAAAUGGAAUAAUAACACAAAAUGAUUCUGCUCAUCCUCCAGAUUAUUAA